AUGGAAACAAAGUUUCUUCCUUUUCCCGAAUCUAAAGAGAUUCUAAUUAUUCGUGAGAGCCCUUCGAUUUCCAGUGAGUGUGCAGCUGAGUUGUCGGCUGCGAUCCACACCUGUUUGAUUAAUGCUUAUGGUCGCCUGCAGUUUAUAGAAGAAAACAAAGUGGUUUGCCUACCGAAAUUGCUAUCAGAAACAUCGAUAAAAAGCGGUCAUUCUAUAGAACUUUCAUGUGCGGACGUGUCCCCUCUAAACCCUGGAGGAAGUUCAGCAGUAUUAGCUACCUGCUGGGUUGAACUUAAUGAGCACUUCUGUCCUUGUCGAUAUUUCGGUGCUAUGUUCAGAAUCUCACCAACCCUUCACAUCGAAAUGACUAGUAAGGUUGAAACCUCAGCCCCGGUUGCGUGUUGUACCUUGGUUGAAAAGGUCACUGGUGGAGCAGAACAUAGGUACUGGAUAAAUUAUGAGUCUGGGAAGUGUGUAACUAUAUAUGAACUAAAGCAAGCCUCUGACGAAGUUGUCAUCUUGGAGGACCCCUCAAGUGUAUUUCCUGAAAUAACUUUGGAUGAUUUCCCAGGCACUGUAAUACGAUCGACGAGCGCCUCCUCAGAGAAACUUGAAUGGAGUGCUGUAGGCUUUGAUACAGGCCGCGUCUUCAUUUCUGUGUUCAUUAAGGAUACUAGAAAAGUUAAGAGGAAGCAAAUAAAAUUUUCCGGACCAAUAUCCGUUGUUGAGUUCGUACCGUACCUGGCUUUUCGCACACCAAGAAUCAGUGAAUGUGAAGGGUCUGAUCCGUUACCAUGUUAUGAGGAACGGUUUCUGGUAGUAUCUUCCACCCUCGGCCCUGUCGCCAUUUGGAGAUGUGUCUAUGAGAAUGACGAGCUGAGCUGGAACAAUGAGUUCGUCUUGUCACAAUCCGAACAGUUUGAUACGAUUACUUCAGCCUGCAUUAUUAAUGGCAAUAUAGCCAUUGGAACGUACUGCGGGAAAAUUCUGUUCUAUUCGUCUCCUUACGAUCUCCUUUGCCAUGAAAUUGCAUCAAUGACUCAAAUUCAUGCUCCGAUUGUGAAUAUGAAGGUCUUGGAUCACAAAACCUUAUGUGUACUUUCAACCGCUGGUCUACACACCGUCACUCGUUCAGAGACUUAG